CAGUGACCCUCCCUUGUGCUUUUUUGUUCGUUCAAUUCACUGUUACAAAGUUCAAGUCUUUCGAAGGCUUUCCGCUCAUUGCGUGUUCUUAUUGCCCUCAUUCAUUAUGCUUGCCAAUGUCGAUUCUGGCACGGCCACGAAGGCGACAUUCGGCAGGUUUCGUUCAAACCGGCACCCCACUAACAGAAAGCAACUUCAGCGUGCGGCUACGUCGCGAUUCAUCGCUCUUUGUGUGAUGAUGCUGGGUAUGGGGUCCCUCUGGCAAUCCCGAUCUAUACUUUCGUUGGUACUCUCAACAUCUACCCAACAGGAGUCUGCAAUUGAUGCCAUUCGCACCGACGUGGUCUCCAACAACAUUGACACCGGCACCAGAUAUGAAAAAGACCCGAUGCAAUUUGCGGGGAGCUUGCAAUCAGGAGGCAGCGCUGGAAAGACCAAAGAUAAUACAGAAACGCCAGUGACAGCCGCCGAGCGAGAGCGUUCAGUGCUGGCCUUAGAGCCACCCCCAACGAAGGUUACGGUCGAGGCGGAUGAUCCGUCAAAUGCUGGCAACGAAAGUGAAACGACGUUUUCGUUGAUGCAGCGUAUCGAACAUACGCCUCGAAACCUGACCAACAUCCCAAAAAUGCGAGUAGUACUUUGGCCUGACACGCAAUCAGGCGUUCGAAACUCUGAGAGUUUUCACCUGACGGAAAACGGUAUCAACGAGUCUGCCUAUUUAACGCUGAGCAACGAGACAUGGGACUUUCAUUCCAAUGUUGUGUGGGUGGGGGAUAUGGGAAUGGGUGGCCCUCGAAGACAAUGGUGUGGAGCUUUUGGGGCACUGGCGAAACAGGCCAAAGACAAACGGCGUGUAUCAAGACUCCCAUUGCAGUGGCCUAUUUGUAUUGUUGACUACGCUGACGGCCCCUCAUUGCCACGGUGCGCGAAUAUCGAGGCGCAAGUAGGGGUUGAAAAUGUUCGGUAUUCCGUUCGAUCCGUAGUGACUGGACGUAAUUGGAAUGAAACUAUCGGAUGGGUACAAGGCGGUGGUCGACUAAGUCUGAAUAAAACAUAUGGUAUCACAUAUCGGCAGGCAUCGUAUAUGGUUCGGACAGACAUGAUCAAAGUCUUGGAAAACUCUCUUCGAGCGAGAAAUAUGAGCCUGGCCGAUCCAAUUGAGCGCAUCGAUCGGCCGGUUGAUGUUGCCCACUUCUGGCCCCACUCAAAUUCAUCGACAAAUCAACAAGACCGACGCAGUGUGUUACAUUUCCGAUCCAAGCUACGUUCCAAGAUUAGCGAUCUGGUCGUUGAUCUUGGCAAGACCCAAUCAAGUCUCAACGUCUUUGUUGGUCUCAAAGGGCACGCAAAGGAGAGUGGACGCACUGGAGUGCACACCGACUACAUGAAUGCUCUACUUGCUUCAAAGAUUGUCGUGGUGACACAACGAGACGAGUGGGAGGAACACUAUCGACUUAUGGAGGCAAUCAUUGGCGGUGCCAUGGUGAUGACGGAUCGCAUGCUGACGUUACCAGCAGGCCUGCAGAACGGCACGUCCAUAGUCGAGUUUGACAGUGCCGAGAGUCUCGUGUCACUGAUCAGCUACUAUCUGAGACAUUCUGAUGAGAGGCUGGAGAUAGCCCGGGCAGCGCGGGACGUCGCUUUGCGAAAGCAUCGUUCUUGGCAUCGGAUGGAAGAGAUCAUCUUUGGUGAGAGUCUGUCAAAUUGCAGCUUCCAGCACCCAAAUAGCCCGUGCCCGUACGUUGCUCACGGCAUCGAUUCAAAGCGUUAAAAAGACAUGCGCGAAAAGUUUCCAAAAGGAACGGAGCUUGUAAAGGGUCUGUUUAUGGUUGUUGGCAAAGAGCCUUAAGAUAUGGCUUUGAGAUACUGUGUGCACGAAACUGAUAGUGACGAAAACAGAAGCAGCAAUUUGUCUCCAAUGUACAUUUUACAGCGGAACGGACUUAGCUUGCUUGAGGUGUCUAUAGGCGACGAUUGCAAUCUAUUGAAGUGUUGGAAGGAGCCAUUUACUGUUAAGCACACUGAUAUAUGUCACACAAUGAAGAUCACUUUUUUCAAGCAACGAGUUGUCAAAAUAACGAAACAAAAACUAAUGUUGUGUCUAAAGCUUGAUAUUUAUUUU